CAGAAUGACAGUAGGUCACUUGUCAGUUCAGUAUUUAGUAGCAGAUAGCAAUUUAUCAUAAUUAUAGCUUCGAAUCUUCGUUAUGGUGCUUUUUUGUAUCUUAAUUGAAGAUUGGUGUUCGUAACAGCAACAGUGACUUAUUAAUGUUAAUCAGCCUGAUUUUCCCCUGAAAAUCUUACCAAGAUUUUUUAUGAGAUUUACAAUGUUAUAGAGAUCGUUAAAAUAAGAGAUUAUUUAUUUUUUUAUUAACUUAUAUUAAGCUUAUUUAAAUAGUGAAAAUGAAGGGAACAAAGCUGGUGUUAUGUGCCAACCGAUGCAUCGGCAGCAGCAACAGGCUGAUAGCGGCCCGCAGCCGCGGCAAGGCGACGGCGGCGGCGGCCGAGGCGCCGCGCGGCGCGCGCCAGAGCGCGUCCUUCACGCUCAACCUGUUCCGCGGACAGUUCGAGCCCUCGCAAGUGUUCCCCUUCCCCGAGCCCAUGACCGACGAGCAGCGCCAGACGCUCACCGAGCUCGUCCCGCCCGUCGAAAAGUUCUUCCAGGAGGUGAACGACCCAGCGAAGAACGACGCAGACGCACAGAUAGAGGAGGGCACGCUUUCCGGGCUGUGGGAGCUUGGCGCAUUCGGGCUGCAGGUGCCCACGGAGCUGGGCGGCCUGGGCCUGUCCAACACGCAGUACGCGCGCCUCGUUGAGGUGGUGGGCGCACACGAUCUGGGCGUGGGCAUCACUCUGGGCGCACACCAGUCCAUCGGUUUCAAAGGCAUUCUACUCUUCGGCACCGAGCAGCAAAAGGCGCACUACCUGCCGCGCGUUACGGGCGGCGAGUACGCUGCCUUCUGCCUCACUGAGCCUUCCUCGGGCUCAGAUGCCGGAUCCAUUAAAAGCCGAGCGGUCUUGUCUCCAGACGGAAAACACUUCAUCCUCAACGGUUCAAAGAUCUGGAUUAGCAACGGCGGUAUUGCCGAAAUUAUGACCGUCUUUGCGCAGACCCCGGUCGAGAAAGAUGGAAAGACCGUAGAUAAAGUGACGGCGUUCAUCGUGGAGCGGUCGUUCGGAGGCGUGUCGUCGGGCCCGCCCGAGAACAAGAUGGGCAUCCGCUGCUCCAACACCGCCGAGGUGUACUACGAGGACGUGAAGGUGCCGGUCGAGAAUGUGCUCGGCGGCGUCGGGAACGGGUUCAAGGUGGCCAUGAACAUCCUCAACAACGGGCGCUUCGGCAUGGCGGCGGCGCUGGCCGGCACGCAGCGCGCCGCCCUGCGCCAGGCGGCCGAGCACGCGGCCACGCGCGUGCAGUUCGGCAAGCGCCUGUGCGAGUUCGGCGCCGUGCAGGAGAAGCUGGCGCGCAUGGCCAUGCUGCAGUACGUCACCGAGUCGCUGGCCUACAUGGUGAGCGGCAACAUGGACUCCGGCGCACAGGACUACCACCUCGAGGCGGCGAUCUCGAAGGUGUUCGCGUCUGACUCCGCGUGGACGGUCGUCGACGAGGCUAUCCAGAUCCUGGGCGGCAUGGGCUUCAUGAAGGCGGCCGGACUCGAGCGUGUCCUGCGCGACCUUCGCAUCUUCCGCAUCUUCGAGGGCACCAACGACAUCCUGCGCCUCUUCGUAGCUCUCACGGGAAUCCAGUUCGCCGGCUCGCACCUGCAGGAGGUGAUGCGCGCGUUCAAGAACCCCACGGCGCACCUGGGGCUCAUCUUCAGCGAGGCCGGCAAGCGCGCCGGGCGCGCCGUGGGGCUGGCGCGCGGCGCCGACCUGGACCCGCUGGUGGCGCCCGAGCUGCGGCCCGCGGCGCGCGAGCUGGCGCGCCGCGUGCUGGAGUACGGCGCGUGCGUGGAGGCGGCGCUGCGCAAGUACGGGCGCGGCGUCGUGGACGAGCAGCUGCUGCUCAACCGGCUGGCGGCGGGCGCCGUGGACGCGUACACCGCCGCCGCCGCGCUGUCGCGGGCCUCGCGCGCCGCGCGCCUGCAGCUGCCGGCCGCGGCGCACGAGCUGCGCCUGGCGGAGGCGUGGGCGGAGGAGGCGGCCGAGCGCCUGGCCGCGCUGCCGGCCGCGCUGGCGCCGAGCGCGCUGCGCCACGGCGCGCGCCUCACCGCGCUAGGCGCCGACGUGGCGGCCGCAGGCGGGCAGCUGCCGCGCUCUCCGCUCAACCUGUAGACCCCGCCCCGUCCGUACUCGCCUACAUGUUCAUUGUUUUAUGUAAAGAUAAAUAUAUUAUAUAUUUUUAAAAAUA